AUGCAAGAUUUUUACGUUUCUCUACCGUCCAACGUCUCCUACCCGGGGAAUACUAGCUCCCGUUACACUACAAUUUUACCGAAAGAGGUAAACUUGCGAAAAGGAAAGCACAAGGUGGCCGUUACUGAUGUCGUCUUUCCAAACACGUUUGUUAACCGUCCGCUCGACAGUGAUUUCACCGUGUUUUACCGCGAUGGUACCUGGGAAAACAUUAUUCUCCCAGCCGGUCAAUAUAAUAGCAUAGAACACGUUGUGGACACUCUGAAUAGCAUCAUUGGAGCACCAAAAAAGAAACGUCGAAAGCGUCAGGCCCCUUCUGACCCAACGUCGAAAGACGAUGGAAAACGCUUUGAAGACGUCAUUGAUGCUGCACUCGAAGGAAUUGAUUUGUCGCCUCCAAAAAGUUUUGCCGCAAUUGUCGAUGAAAUGCUGGAAACAGAGCAUCAGGAGAAUAAAGUUGCAAAAGCUGCCGCCGAUUUUGAAGAAGAAAACCAAAAGGCUAUUGCCAAGGCGUUGAAGGAAAAGGCGCAGCUAGCCGAAAAAGAAGAGAAAAAACGAAAAGAGGCUGAAGAACGUGAACGGACCGAAGCUGAGAGGUUGGAACAGAAGAGAAAAGACGAAGAGCGCAGAAAAGCCGCCCAAGAAAAGGCUGAUAAGGAUAAAAAGGCGGCAGAUGAACUAAUCGCAAGAGCAAAAGCUAACGAGAAGGCUGCCGAAAAGGCCAAAGAACGCGCCAGUAACAAUGUUACAGUUCAGACGGACAAGGCAGAUUCUGUGAAAAAAGCAGCGGCCACCGCCACAGCCAAAGCUCAGAAUGAUCCCGAUAACCCAAAGGCGCAAGAAAAGGCUGAAAAGAUGCAAAAACUGGAAAAGACGGCAGCCGAGUUGGUGAACAAGGCUAAUAAAACGCUGGAAAGCACUACGGCUAAAUUCGAAGCUGCACAAGUAGCCACAGAAAAAGUGGUAAAAGACGCAAAAAAAAAAAAUCUCACGGAUCCUCUAAAACCUCCGGCUACACCAUCUACAAAACCUCCAACUACUGAACCUCUAAAACCACCUACAGAGCCACCGCCUACGAAACCUCCAACUACCAAACCUAAAAUGCCGUCUCCUACAGACCCGCCGCCGCCUACGAAACCUCCAACUACGAAACCUACAAUGCCGUCUUCUACAGAGCCGCCGCCGCCGCCGCCGCCUACGAAACCUUCAACUACAGAGCCGCCGCCGCCAAAACCGCCAUCUACCAAACCGCCGCCUCCUACUGUAGUUAA